CUGGAAGAAGACUCAAUGGACCAGGACAUAGAGAGCCCUGUCACUAUUCACCAGCCAAAGUUGCCCAAACAAGCUAGAGAGGAUCUGCCAAAAAAUAUAAACAAAGAAUGUACCAAGAGAAAAAUCCAGCGGUAUGUCAGGAAAGAUGGGAAAUGUAACGUCCACCAUGGAAAUGUGAGAGAGACUUACCGUUAUCUGACUGAUAUCUUCACUACCUUAGUCGAUCUCAAAUGGAGGUUCAACCUGUUUAUUUUCGUCAUGGUUUAUACUGUGACAUGGCUUUUCUUUGGAAUGAUCUGGUGGCUAAUUGCUUACAUCCGAGGAGAUAUGGAACAUAUAGGGGACACUUCAUGGACCCCAUGUGUCAGUAACCUCAACGGGUUUGUCUCAGCUUUUUUAUUCUCAAUUGAGACAGAAACCACCAUUGGCUAUGGCUAUCGGGUCAUCACAGACCAAUGUCCUGAGGGAAUUAUUCUGCUACUAGUUCAGUCUGUUUUAGGUUCUAUUGUCAAUGCUUUUAUGGUUGGUUGCAUGUUUGUAAAAAUAUCUCAACCCAAGAAGAGAGCAGAAACCUUGGUUUUUUCUACCAACGCUGUCAUUUCCAUGCGGGAUGGGAAACUAUGUCUGAUGUUCCGCGUAGGAGACCUUAGGAAUUCACACAUUGUGGAGGCAUCAAUACGGGCAAAACUGAUCAAAUCUAAACAGACCAAGGAGGGGGAAUUUAUACCACUCAACCAGACAGAUAUCAACGUAGGUUAUUACACUGGGGAUGAUCGUCUCUUUUUGGUCUCACCGCUGAUCAUCAGUCAUGAAAUUAACCAGCAGAGUCCUUUCUGGGAGAUUUCCAAAGCCCAGCUGCCCAAAGAGGAACUAGAAAUUGUUGUAAUCCUAGAAGGAAUGGUGGAGGCAACAGGGAUGACAUGCCAGGCUCGAAGUUCUUAUGUUGCCAGUGAAAUCCUCUGGGGUUAUCGUUUUACACCUGUCCUCACACUGGAGGAUGGAUUUUAUGAAGUUGACUACAACAGCUUUCAUGAAACGUAUGAGACCAAUACACCAGUUUACAGUGCCAAAGAACUAGCAGAGAUGGCCAACCGAGCAGAACUGCCCCUGACUUGGUCUGUGUCCAGCCAACUAGACCAGCAUGCAGAACUCGAAACUGAAGAGGAGGAAAAGAACCAAGAAGACCAAACUGAAAGAAAUGGUGAUGUGGCAAACUUAGAGAAUGAAUCCAAAGUUUAAAACUACUGGAGGAAUGGCACCAUGCAAUCCCUUUUUCUCCUCCCUCCCUCCCACCUCGUUUUCUUUUUUAAUUACAGGAAAAGACAUAUUUAAAGAUGUGAAAUAUCUACCUGCCUAAUGUCAAAUCCAGAGAUACAUAAACUAAGCAAAGACAUGGGUUAAAGCUGCAAUAUCCCUUACUGAUGAUGGACUCUGAUUAUCACCCUUCCAACAAUGGGAGAUUGCCUUUAGACAAGUAUGAGUUCAUAAUCACAGGUUUAUUUUAAAUGCCAAAAAAAAAGGGAAAAAAUUAACAACAGGGCUAAUAAAAGGAAAGUGUUCAUUAGUGCUCAUUAAUGCUGUAGGUCUUGGCUCCAGCUUUUAUAUAUUUCAAGACAGUUUCAUAAAUUAGAUGAGAUGCCACCAGAAAAUGGGCAUUGCAGCUUUAAGACCAAGGGGAGCAGAAAUAUCUGCAAUUCCACAAGAUUCUGUAUAUAUGCCUUAUGUAAUUACUUUCUUUUUAAAUUUAGUAAUAAAUCCAGCAUGUACAGAAGUACUGUAGUAAAGAACUUCUAAAUAAUGUAAAUAGAUGUGUAAUUAAUGUAGGUUUAGAUACAUAAUUCUAGAAAUGUUGGGACGCAAAAAAAACAAACAAACCCUCUAAAUAGGCAUUUCUGUUAUAAUAUUUUUUAAAUCACCUAUAUCUUUGGCCCUUUUAAUGCAUGAUAUUUUCUUCAGUGUACCAGACCGGCAAUGA